CGACACAUGUAUCAGUAUAGAAUUGACCGCUUGAGAAGCUUUUCUGUUGGGAAAAGUAUAGACUCACAAAAUUUGAAAUGGCGGCCGGUCGUAUGUAGCACGCAUGGCAAAAAGGUCAUUGCCAUUUUUAGGGGUCACGACCCUAUAUGUGGGGGUUGAUCUCCCGCACUCUGGUUUCGCCUCGGCGAGGUGGAGCUUGCAUUAUGUGCGCAGCAGCGCCAUGCCCCACGAGUCAAGCAUUGCGAUAGAUUGACCCCCUGUAUCACAGUCGGAUCAAGACAAACUUGGUGGACCCCUUGAGCUUAUGGUUUCCGAUGCUGCUAGGGUCGAUCGAUUCCAAUCACGAUCUUUUUGAAAAGAAAAUCUCUCUCCUGCAAGUAGUUGAAAGUCUUGGAGAGUUUCUAACAAGCAGCAAUGUAUUGUUAAGAAAGCGAGGCACUCAACUUAUGGCAGAUUUAAUGCAAAAAUUGCCACUCGACUAUUUAACAGAGAAAGAAGCAAGUCAUGUGGCAUCCUUCCUGCUGUCGAUGCUAAGUGACCAUCAUUCCAUUCAACCUUUUGCACUGAAGGGGCUGGCUGCAGUGAUUAUGUUCAACUCCUUCCCUGGUGGAGAAAUGACACAACAAAUCUGCAACAAGAUAUUCCAUGAAAUUCAGAACCAGACACUGUCUCAGAAGGAUCGUUAUACCACAUAUUCUAUCUUUCUUAAUCUACUCACUUAUCAUCUAGCAGAUCUCCAACCCUUAGGUGAUACCUUUGUAUGUGGUUAUGUGCAGCUUAUGGAUGGCGAGAAAGACCCGCGAAACCUAAUGGCAGCAUUUCGCUGUUCUCGCUUAAUUUGCCAGUACUUCAGUCUAGGUACCAUGGUGGAAGACAUGUUUGAAGUGAAUGCAUGUUACUUUCCAGUGGAUUUUGUCCCACCACCUAAUGAUCCACAUGGUAUUACCCGAGAUGACCUUCGGCUUGCCCUACAACAUGUCAUGUCAGCAACACCAUUGUUUGCUCAGUAUUGCUAUCCACUUUUGCUUGAGAAAAUGUCAUCUGAUGUACAAUCUGCCAAAGUAGAUGCUCUGAAAACUUUGAUUGCAUGUUUGCCUGUGUACCAGAUGAAUCAUCUGCAAGAAUAUCUUGGAUCUUUGUUCUCUCAGAUAAUAAGAGAGGUUCGCAGUCAUGUGUCUGAAGAGAUAGUACAUUUCUCUCUUGAAGCAAUUACAGCUAUUACAAAAGAACUGUCAAAGGACUCCUUGCAGCUGGCUGCCUAUCUAACAGAAAAUAAGGCAGAUUUACUGCAUCAGGCCCAGUCUGACAGCCCAGCCAUGCAACUAGUCUCACUUCAAGUUCUUGUGGCUAUGGCAAAAGCGUCCGCACAGGCGUGCCUCAAUGUGGCUGCUGUAGCUUUGCCAGUCAUCUGCAGCUGCUACCAACAGCUGACAAAGUGGGACCAAUAUGUUUCACACAUUUCUGAGAUCGUUUCCCUUCUUCAGCUGAUAGGCGACCACCAGGCUGUUCACUUUGAUAUAGAUAUCUUUUUGAACAUAAAAGAGAAGAUCAUAGACUUCUGCCACAAAUUGCUGGAGAACCAGAACACAGAGCUACAGGUUCUAGGGAUACGAGGGCUGGGUGCUCUUUCUUUAUGGUCAGACAUAUUGUCAGUACAAGAAGUGACUGCUGCCAUGGAAAAGCUGACGGUGGAAGCAGUACAGACUGAAAGUGAUGCUGCUAGGAGGGAAAGUCAUGCUGUAAUCAUCAAAAUAUUCAAACAUCAAAAGAAUUUCAGAGACGAAGUGACUAGUUAUCUGAGUAAUGUUCUCUAUAAAAAUGUUUUGAACUACAGUCAAAUUGAUUGUAAACAUCGUUUUGAUAACAGUGUUUCUCUGUUGGUGGCCAGUGUUGUAGAUAAGAUUCAAGCAGAACAUGCAAGCAAAAUUUUUUUAAAUAUUCUUCAAGCCUCUGAUACUGAUAUGUUGUUGAUUCCUGUGACAGCUGCCCUAUCCACCAUCUUGGCUAGCAGCCACCUAACUACACAGCAUUUGACAGUAGAUAUUGUGCCAGAUAUGUUGUCCUGGUUGAGAUCGAAAUGUAAGGAAUGGCCUGAUCAAAAACAACAUAUUCACGAAAAAGUUCUUACUAAUUUGGCAGAUGGUCUGCGUUUGGCUAUUCUGUCCCAAGACAAAAGUGUCCAGCAGCACCUUUCUGCAGAUGUAUAUGGUCUUGUGACCAGCAGCAUGCCUAUGCUAACAGAACUUGGUGGUGGUCCUUGUGGUGAUGUAAUUGCAAAGUUGCCCUGGCAGGAAUCACGACUAAUUCAGCUAAUUUUUGCAAUUAUUCCCAGCCUUCAUCAGGAUGAAUCUUGGACACAGCAGCUGUUAUUAUGGCUGCCUGGAAUGGCUCUUUAUAGUGUGGAUGUAUACACACGUCUCCAGGCCUGCAAGUGUGAGGCUGCAGUUGUCAACAUGAUGCUAGCAGGACCAAUCUUGGAUGGGUUGUUGAUAAGCCUGCAGAAUAAGAUUAGUUCCUGUCUUGAUAAAGGAUCGUUAAGUCAUCUUCGUUCUGCUUCACUGACUCUUCUUACUUGGCUAACUAAAGCAGUGGUUGUCAGAGGCCACAAGUCAGCUUUUGAUCUGACAGAAGUGCUUUUGUCUGCGCUUCAAGAUAAAUACUUGGCUUUGCAAGCAGCAGAGAGUUUCAACAUAAUUCUUGCUCCCUUUGAUGAUGUUCUGUGUACAGCUGUGCAAGCAAAUGUCAUUCCUACCUAUCAGCAGAGAUUUGUGGUACAGACACUACCAAAGCUGGUUGUAGGCUUCCAUGAUGCUUUGCCUGAUAACAAGGAAUACUAUCUAAUGGCAGUAGCUGGAAUGCUGAUGAACAUCCCACACCAAGUUAUGACGACAGAGCUUCCUGAGGUGAUGCCCCUUUUGGUUUCUUCCCUGAAAGGAGGAAAAUGUGAGUUGCAUAAGCAAGCAUUGGCUGCUAUCAGUUUGGGGAUUCAGCACAUGCCAGAGCUUCUGACAGCAUAUCUGUCUGACAUUUUGAAUGACUGUCUACGACUAGCUGUCUCUGGAGGCAACAUGAAGCUUCGUAUCCUUGCACUCAAGUGCUUACAGCAAGUGUCCAGUCUACCUAACGUGGCAUUGCAGCCUUACAAGUCUGAAGUCUUGAAAGGUGUAAAACCAGCUCUAGAUGACCGUAAAAGAUUGGUACGGAGGGAAGCUAUGGCUGUAAGAAGCAUAUGGUGUCUGCUGUGAUCAUAUGGAAGAAGGUCAUCAGAUUUCUGGCAGUUAAGCAAGCAACUUCGGAAAACUUGAACAAUGCUGUUCUGAAUGACUGCUAAGGUCUUGCACCUGGCCUUCAUCCUCGAGACCAGGGACCUUGAGGAAUUUGUUAGAUGACCCAGAGAAGAACACACUUCAUGAGGUUGUUCUGCAAGUAGAAUUCAGCCAGCUACCUAAAGGCAAGGGUGUAACUUCACGAAUCUUUCAUUGCCCUCUCUUGAGAAAGGUGUGCAUGAUAGUAUGGCAGUAUAUCUUUUACAGUGCGCUUAGUUUAAAGCAUAGGCAUGCACAUUUAAACUAUGUGAAUUAGUAAUUAGUCAUGUAAGGUCUUAGCAGGAUAUGAUAUGAUGUAUCGUUAUUUUGACCUUGAAUAUCCUCUACAUUAUGAGAUAUUGUGCCACUUGACACAUUUUUUCCUGGUUGUUAGACACACUGUGUGCAAAAUGUUAGGGGUUCCACACCCACACACCCUAAUUAAGCUUUUGUAGCUUUUUCCCAUGGUAGUUAGCUGCAUCUUUUUUUUUCUUUUUUUUUAUUUGAGGAGGAGCGAUAGAUUAUAUAAUCUCCUGAAAUGUAAGCAAUAAACACUUACCCAGUCAACUCACACAAAAGCCAAAUGAUUCUUGCCUUUUUUUUUUAUACAGUAGCUUUUAAAUGUCUAAGAUUUGAUCAAAUCUUAAUGAUCAAAGGGUAGAGAUGCCUGACAGUUUUGCCAUAAAUUGUUGUCUUAAUUCUUUUUAAGUUUCUCAUAUAUAUUUAUAAAUAUAGCCUGUUAAGGUUGUAUUAAAUUUGUUACAUCAGUACACCAUUGAGUGUCUUCUCAUAAAGGCAAUCAUAAGAGUAUGAAAAAGUCCACAAAUUUCUCAGUAAAAUAUUAAAAUCUCGCAUAUAUUUGACUUUCAAAGGGACCACACAAACUACCCUGUAAAAAGCGCUCACUGAUCCCACAAAUCAACUAUUUUGCUCAUAGCUUAGUAACUGAGUAACGUUUGUUCAUUAGUAACUACUAAAUAUUUUUUAAAAACCCUCAUUAAAAUGUUUAGAUAUGUGUAAAGAAAAACUUGCUGUGUCACAUGUCAAUAUAAAGUUAAAAGCUUUUGAAGUAAGCAAGCUUGCUAAAACAAGAAACUGAAAAGGCAAGAAAAGAAAAAUUGAAAGUCUGGUUACCACUAAACUACUAAAUUUUUUAAUGCCCUUUAAAAUCAACAAGAAACAUCAAAGAAUAAACCACUUAACAGUUAUGCAUGAGACUUAGCGAAAGGUGAUCUUUCACGCAACACAGUUCCGUAAUCACAUCGGGGUCACCAAAAUUGUCAUGGCACAGAUGGUGAAAACAACACUCACCAGACAAAAGCGCACUCAACAGUUUAAGAAAGCUUAUAACUCCUCUCUUUGCUUUUUCGGCUGUCUUCUAAUGCAUGUAUAAAAAUACACCUUGUAGACAAAACUAUACCCAAGUAUUUGUAUACACUCACAAUUUUUACAGAAAAGUUACCAAAUAACCAUUUAUCUUUACAAGGUAUAAAACCACUAUUACGAAAAAUCAAGACAUUUGAUUUUUCAAGGUUAACAGCAAGGUUUGAGCACUGAAAAAGAAUGUUCAACUGGUUCUGCUGUCCAAUGAUUGUAUCUGAAACAAUGGCAACAUCAUCAGCAAAAAAGUAAAAUAAAUGCCUCAAAAAGUUCUGGGGUUAACUGGACACCAUGUUUCCCAUACUCAUUUAUGUCCUUUGUUAGUUCAUUUAUAAACAAAGUAAAUAAUACAGGGCUACAAAUUUCACCUUGUUUAAGGCCACGGGGGCAUUCAAUAUAAUCAGCUUUGCACCAGCUUGCACUCUAGCCUUUACAUUAUUGUUGUCACGACCACGUCACACACUGACGGGGUUCCUUUUCAAUAACUCUAUGGAACAUGGCUUUAAGGUUCCGUGGAAUCGUUCCACACACCCGUUGGUUUGUGCGUGAUAAGGAGUAGAAUGCAGUGUUAGUAUUGAUAAUGGCUGCAUAAUCUCUUCCAUUAACUGGGAGGUGAAUUGUGAUCCCCUGUCGGUUUUAGGAUCUGCUGUGAAAACUCUACUCUGCUAAAGAUGGUCAACAGAGUUUCCGCUACGGUGAUGGUGUCGAUUUUAGAAUGUAGAGAGGUCAGUCAGGGUCAAAAUAUGCGUAUGUCUUCCUCUGAUGGAUGAUGGAGAGAUCCGACUAGGUCUACCUCGACCUGAUGAAAUGGUUCUUCGAUGGUGGGUACCUUCACCCUGGGUACUGGCGGGACUCUCCCUGAUGCUGUUGUCCUUUGGCAAAUGUCGCAUGUUCUGCAAUAUUCCUGGGUGUCUCUCUCACUUUCGGCCAUUAAAAUUGGUUUCUAAUGCGUCUCAAGGUUGUACGGCUUCCCAUGUGUCCUGAUAAAGGGUUGUCAUGGCUGAGUCUCAUAACCGUCAAGCGCAGUCCUUCAGGGACAUCAAUUUGCUGGACUUGUUCGCUCCCUUGUUUAUAUAGACGAUGGAGUAUUCCUUUUCUAUAGCAGAAGGAUUCUAAGCCACCCCGAGAAGUGAGCUGCUGGUCGGCCAUGGUUCUCGCAGUGGCCAAGGAUGGAUCGUUUCUCUGGAGCUAUAUUAACUUGGAUUUUGUUAAAUUCCAUUGAACAGGUGGACUGUUCAGGGGCUGCAGUUGCUGAUCAUCUAGCUUAGACUGGACUCUGGUAGUGACUGCGCCUGCUGAGACCAGACCCUUGUCGGGUAGGUUGAAGGUGACACGGCGGGCCCUUUUUACGUUCCCAAUUAUAAGGUCCGCUACAGGAUCUUUAAUUACGCAGCACGUUAAGACUCCAGUAUAAAAAGGUGUCUCGACUCGAACAUUUGUUAGAGGGAAGACUUCAGUCUUUCCUCCAAAGGUAAUGCAGGAUUGCGUCCUAUGCAGAUAAUCGUCAGGAUGAACUAAGGAUUCCCGGACGCCUGCUAUGGUUGCCCCGGAGUCCCGUAGCACACAAACAUAUUGUCCUCUCACUUUUCCCGGGUACAAGUGGAGAUGUCCAAGCUUCUCCUCGUUGGAAGCUGAACACGUGAUGGCGGCAUUGGCGGGGGAUGGUUUACUAUUCUCACCGGAGCCGUCACUGAUGUUACUUCUCUGCUGGUUUUCAGGACAUUCUCGGGCAAUAUAUCCGUAGCUGCAACAGUGUAAACAAUGGCGUGGAGGUAUGUCGGUAUGUCCUGGAUUCUUCCCUUCAGGACGAUGAGCUGAGGAGAGAGGUUUCUUUUGGGUCGGCCUAGGAGGUGGUGAAAAGGGCGGACUCCCCCGUGGUCUUUGACUUCUAUAACUAGAAGAGCUUCGACGUCCAGAGAAAUAGUGAGUAUUGGAUUGCCUUCGGUCCUGUCGAGCUUUCGUGGGUGGAGACGAAGGUGGUAUGCUCCAUCCCACAUUGGCAAACAUGGAAUUCUCGGCUCGCCUAGCUAGCGAUUUAUGGGAGUGAGCUUCUCGGAAGUAUGGCAUGUUCAGCCACAGAUCAAGUUCCUCUCACAUAAAAAUACUGAUAGGUCCUUGGAUACGCUUUGAUGAAAUUGUUCCCGUAGCAGUAAAUCCCUAAGAUGUUCAAAAUCCUUUGGAAUGCUUGAGAGUGAAAUCUACCGGUCAGCCAGACUGGCUAGCCAAGUCAGGAAUGCUGUCAUGGACUCCUCGGCUUGGGGCCACACCAUUCGAAAUCUUUCCCGGUAUCCUUCCUCCGUAUAUUGAAACUUUAGAAGCAACUCCCUUUUUAAAUCUUCAUAUUGAACUGUUCCUUGUGCGCACAAAGUGUGAUAAACGCUAAGGGCUUUCUCUUGCUGAUUUGAGCUUGUCUUCAGCCAUUAUGUAUUGUUCCACAACAUACCAGCAUGAGUCAUUUAUAAUGGAAACUUAUUUUUGUGUUUAUUUACUGAUAACUUGGAAUUGAAUAAUAUAAUACUGAUUGUCUACUUAGCCUGAUGUCUGUGUCAAAGAGACACACGCAGACCACAUUACACAUUUAUCAACAAAUGUGACUGACAAUGACAUUCCAAUAUAAUAACACCGCAAUCGUUCAUCGACCCUAAUGUACAUCCAUAUUUUCUAAGCAUUAUCAGCAGUGUUCCUUUAAAAAAUCCUGUACAAUGCAGCACAUGUAUCCAUCACAAUUUUCUGGAUUGUGUUUCCCGGAAUCCGAAAAAGGAAAGCUAGGUCUGCAAAUGAAUUGCCUGGGAAAAAAAAAUCAGAUCUUGUCUGUUCCUCUGUUAUGCAUUCACAAAAGUGUGAUCCCACACAACAUCCUGCCAGUUAAAACUGAACAGUUGGCAAUAACAAAUUAUAUAGCAACUACUAUAAACAAUCAACAGUGAUGAAUUUUGCACUUUUGUUUCUUUAUGAUUUUAUUCACUGAAGCAUUUUGCCAAAUUAAAAUCCUAUAUCGAUCAAUCAAGAUCACCACCACAAAGACAAGUUGUAAAAACAAUGCUCUAAAGUGGUAUCAUAAAUGUGAAUAUUCACAGCAACUGCUAUAAUUUCCACCACACCAUUUCCCCUUUAAGCUUAUCCUUUCUCCUCUCUUAAAUUUUCAUUUCUUUGAACUGUUACUGCCAAGUGUGCUUCCUUCUAAGGUUCUUACUACUGAUAUAUCUGAGAUAAGCAUUUAGUUUUCCACACUUUCUACCCUUCUGUACAUAUAACUAAACAUUCUCGUCACCAACCCAAGCAGCAAAAAAAAAAAAA